AUGGCAACAAAAUUAGUUGUUUGCUAGGGCUUUCCCUCGUGACCACAUGUUGUAACGUAAACCGUCCGGCAUUGGCCCUCGCACAUUACAACACAACUGUGCCAACGUAGCUAUCCCAUGUGGCACUCUGGGCCCUGGCAACAACUACUAAUACAUAAUCCAUCUAGCCUACCUCUCACAUAGUUACAUACAGUGGCACUACAGGAAGGAAGUCCAGACCUACCAUCACAUUAUGACACAAAUUGCACCAUUUCAAAUUGCAGUGUGGGUAUAGAUAUUUUUUAUGUACCACCUUUAGGAAACAAAGGCAGAAGCACACAAGAAGCUGUAACUGGACAAGGAGGUGACGUGACAAAGAGACAAAGUUUAAAAGAGCAGGAAUCACACCCAAACCAAAAUGAUGAUGAUAGAAUUACAUCCAGUGAGACUACUUCACAAUCACAAAUUGCACUCAGUAAGUGUGUGGCUUUACAUAGUGCAUAGCACAUGCCUAUAAUUGGGCACUCAUGUAUACUACCACUAAAGGGGAUCUGUAACUCACUUAACAAUGACAUGUGCAACAAGGGACACAGCUUAUUACGUAUGAUAAGGAAAUCAAAAAGUUUCUCUCCUAAAAAGUUAGAGUGCAUCUUCGUUACCAGGUCAGCCAUUUUGUUUCUACUGACAUGCAUGUUUUUUCAUUGCUACCUUGGCUCGAUUUGAAAGUAAAGCUAUGGCGUUAGAACCAAGUGAACAUUAGUGUUAAUAAGGCAAACUGUGUUUUUGAUGGGAUAAAACAUGGGUGGCCCAUGAGUUAUGGUUUGCUAUUAUGUUUCAGGGAAAUCCCCUGAUAUUAGAGGCGUACAUAUAACUGAGCAGACGAAGAUAGAGAUCUCUCCUGACCAGCCACAGGACUAUCACUGGGAGGGUCAUGGGUUCAAUGUUCAAAUCCCAGCUGGUGCCUUUGCUACAACAAGGCCAGUGACUAGGGUGGUGAUACAUAUCCGGGCUGGUCUGAGUGGAGAAUACAAGCUCCCAGACGACAGAGUCCUUGUCAGUGAAGUCUUCCGGCUCUCGCUCGAUCCUCCCGUGGAGACAUUUCACAAGAAAGUCACCCUCGCUCUCCAGCACUGUGCCUUGGAUGACGACUCCACACUCACCUUCAUUACGUCCACACAAGACAACCCACCUUACACCUUCCUCCCACUACCAGGAGGGUCCUUCUCAGAAUCAGGGCUUGGAGCCAUUGAUGUUGACCAUUUCUCACCGUUUGGGCUGAUUGGAAGAGGAAAAGUCGUAUACUUUCUGCACAUUUUACCUACCCAUUGAAAACCCCAAAACACAUGAAGUCCACAUCACUGUUACUCCAAAUCUGAAAGAUUAUCUUGAGGUAUACCAUGGUUUAUGCAAUAUAGAGUACAAUGUGUAGCACUCUUUGAAUUGUGUUUGUGUGCAAUAUUCCUGUACAGUAAAUAAUUAUUUUGUUUUAGGAAGUGAACAAGGUGUAUAGAGAAAGACGGAGUAAAAAGGGUCUUGUAAUACAAGCCUGCCCUAAAGAAAAAACAAUUUCACUCUACAUCCCCGAUAUUGGCAUCCCUGAGAGCCCUUGGGAGAAAGAUGGUUGGAAACUCACCCCGUUAACAUCUCCAUCGGUAAAUUCCAUUACUUUUCUUUUCAGUGUUUUCUAAUUAAUUUUCUUUCAUUCAGCUUGAAAAGAGAUAUUUAAAGGAAUACAAGCCAGGAAAAUCAAUUCCCUUCUUUGCAAUCCAAUUAGAAGAGAUUUCAGCCCGCCAAUGUUUAGUACAGAAAGUCUUGUUCGCAGGAGUUGAAGAAACUAACAAAUUCUUGUCCAUAGUUCCCCCCACCUCCCAGCCUCCCCUCUCUGUCUCCACAGCUCUGCCUCCUCUACCACUGCCACCACUACUACCAACACUCCUGGUGAGUUCUGAGCUGAUGUAAUUAUUAGAUGACAUUUUUGGCGAGCGGGAGCGAUCCAACUACAGAUAUACAGCCACUGGUGAUCACAGGGAGGAGUAUAGUUUGUCAUCCUCCGCUGCUGGAGGUGUGCCUCUCGUGCGUGCGAUGCCAGCGAGAAGGGUGUGGUUUCCAGUCCUCAGCUGCUAGACGCUGCCGCCUGCGAGCUAUGUCUCGUGCUCCUUGGCUGUUUCUGGAGCAAGAGGCUGCCUCCUGCGAGCUCCCCUGUGGUA